GCUGCUGCUGCUGCUCCCCGAGAAGUUGGUGCGGAGGCGAGAGCCGCGGAGCCCGGCUCGGUUCGGCUUCACCCUGCUCGUCCCGUCCCGUCCGGUCCCGUCCAGGCUCGGCCCGGCUCGGCUCGGCUCGGCUCGGCAUGCCCGCCUGCCCGGAGCCGAGCAGGGCAGCGGGGCGGCGGCGCAGCCCCUGAGCGGGCGGCGAGGAGCGACCGGCCCCGGCCCGCCAUGGAGCAAGAUAUAAAGGAGGAAGUCUCAGAGAAACCAAAGCCUGCUCCAACCGCAGAGAAGUACGGCUGGAUUAAGAAAAGCAGCGGGGGGCUCCUGGGAUUAUGGAAGGAUCGUUACAUCCAGCUACGGAAAACACAGCUCGUGGUCUAUGAGGACGAGGACGAGCAGAAGUGCAUAGAAACAGUGGAACUAGAGAGUUAUGACAAGUGCCAGGAACUGCGAGCGCUACUCAAAAGGAAAAACCGUUUCAUUUUGAUCCGCUCCCCGGGUAAGAAGGUUCAUGAUAUCAAAUUUCAAGCUCCAACUUUGGAAGAAAAGGAAUCGUGGAUAAAAGCUCUUAAUGAAGGGAUCAAUAGAGGCAAAAACAAAGUAUUUGAUGAGGUGAAAGUAGAUCAGAGUCUUUCCUUGGACCAUGUAACUCGGGACAGAGUGAAAAUGACCCAAGGGCGCAGGCCACCCACAAGAAGCCACCUAAAGGAGGCUGCCAAGUCUACAUCAGAUGGCAUCCUGCGAUUAGAUCUGGAUAUAGUGGACAAUGGACCACCAAAAUUUGCUUCCACUAUCAGUGAAGGUGACAAUGAGCCACCUCACAAAGAGACUCCAAAGCCACCUAUGCCACCUACAAAACCCACUGGCACAAAAGAAAACCAAGAUGCAGAGAACAAUGGUCUUGACCAGGAGCAUAAAAAGCCUCUGUCUCCUCCACUGCCUCCAGAUAAGAAGCUUAAGGAAAGCCUAACAUCAAAGGACAGUGUAGAUGGCAAGCAAGAGGACUCUGUAAGCCCAGAGGAGAAUGUGGAAGGAUCCCAAGGAACAAGUGAGGAGAACAGAGAGAACCUCAUUGAGGUCAGCAACAGGGGCAUAGCAAAAGCACCGAUUCCUCUUCCUAAGAGCAUAUCAGACAAGCUAAAAGUAGCUUGGGACCAACCAGUCUCUGAGCUUAAAACCACGGAAGAUUUGCAAUCAUCAGGAGACAGCAGUGAAGACAACCUUGCUGAGAUUGCUGCUGGAGAUGUUGCAAAGCCUCCUGUCCCUCCUAAGGUUCUGUCGGAACAAAUGCUAGCCACAGUGAACUCCAGCCAUGGGGACCUGGAAUCCAGGGGCUGGGAAGACAGGGAGUCCUGCAGCUUCAAGCCCCCAGUAAAUGGGAUUGCAGACAGUGAUGUAGCAGAGCUCGCAUCCCCAGCAGUUGAAACUGAAGGAGGAAAUGGGAGAACCUCUGCCGAGAAGGAACAGCAAACUUCAGCAGAAGAGACAGAGACUUCCUUAGCUACAGAAGCACACCAUGAGAGUGUAAAAGCAGCUAUUGAGAAGAAAGAGUCUGUAGAAAGCACUUUGUGUCUCAAACUUCGCAGUUCUUCUCUGGGAGACUUGCUGUCCGAUUCCAAAACUGCACAGAGAGCACAUCCAGGCCCAGCUUUCCUGAAGGAUUCCCAUCAAUGCUUAGCUAAAAUGGAGGAGAAAGUGGCUAACGAAAGGGAAAAGGCAGAGAAACUGCUGCAGAAGGUUUUACGUGAAGGGCUGGAACAGGCCCAGGAGGGGAAUGGACCCCCAGUGAUGGCAGAGACAUUGCUCAACGAGGCAGUAGAACAGCUUCGGCAAGCUACACAAGUUCUGCAAGAAAUUAAAGGUCUUGGAGAACUGAAAAAAGAAGCAACACAGAAAGAAAAGCAGAAGGAUCUAGUGACUCUCUAUAGGAGAAGUGCACCCUGACAUACUCUUCAAAGAGAUGUCGUUCUCCAAAACAGAGCUAAACAUUUGCCAUUUACGACUUGUACCGUUGCUAGGCCAGUGUUUAAAAGGUGGUGUUUUGCUGGGCACACACCAUGUGUCUGGGACAGGAUUGAGCUUUCAGUUACAGCCUCCUUCUCUCUUUCUUCAUGUUGUACAUACCAGUGUGGAUCUAUCCUGUUAGUGCAGCAGAAGGUUACAGGACAUUGAACAGUUUCAGAAAUGUGAAUGCUCUUUCAGGACUCUGUCCAAAGUCCUUUCAAUGGAUCAGGCCUUAAAAAUUACUGGUAAUCAAAGCCAGGUGUUUGAAAGGAGCAGAAUGGCUAUUCCAGCAAAAGCCCCUGUCUGUAUUUACCAGGUUCCACUGGCACCCCUAUGGUUUUCCUAUUCAAGGAUAGAUAUAGUCAGUGUUUGUUCACUUUGCUGGCGAUGUUUCCCAGCCCACCUGGCCUGGUGACAUCCAGGAAUGUAAAGAUAAAUGGUUUCAUCUUCUCCAAAGAUACUUCUAAAACCACAUCCCCAGUUAAAAAGUGACCUCACACAGAGGCAAACAGCCCUGGCCAAUUCCUGACUAUGAGCAGCAUCCUCAGAGCUGGAGCAGCUGUGUGAAGGCUCUUAUGAGCCUGCCUCUGCAGAGCUUUAGGUGAACUAAGCAGUGUGUGAGUGAAUGCAAGUCUCAAUGCAACACUGCCAGGCAUGUAUUAAUUGUUCCUGUUUCAUUAAUAGGGAACUUGAGGCGAAGAGUUGGCCUUUGAAGAAUGUCUUGUAGCAGCACCACAUGUUUAUUAUUAAAGACCAUUCCUAUCUGGUAACUCCAAAUCCCCUCAUCAUUAUUGGGAACAAUGAGCUAGGCAUUUGGAGAGCUUGUGUCCAGGAGAUUCCCAGGAGCUUCCUAAGAGAGCUGCCAUUAAGAAGCUUUAAGGAUAUGUGUUCCCUUAGCUGUAGGCUUGCUCUCUGUGGUGUUUCGGGAUGUUAACUGACAGGAGCAUGCACAUCAGGCAGCGGGUCUGGAUGAGAUCCCUCUUCCUAUUUAACAUGCCUCUACCUGCUGUGUCCUGGCUAGCCUGAGUGCCAUGGCUUGGCACAGAAUUGGAAUACAUGGAAGGAAAGGCAUUUUGCACGCACAACUUUGGGGCUGGUCCCAGUGUAUUAAAAACAGCAAUGCAUUGCUACAGGAGGGUCUGAGGAAGCCAUUGCAGAAUUCCCACAGCUUCCUGCCCAACUGCUGAAAGCAACCACAGUGCCCCUGGUCUUUGGUGAUUACAGCUGUGAUAAAGUCAUGUCUUUGCACCACUGCUGUAUACUGUACCUGAGCUGGGUCCCCUCCCUUAUUCUUUAUAGUUGCUUUGAGGAGAAUCAUAUGACAGCCCAAAGGGCUUCUCCCUUGCUUGAGUCACACUCUGGAAGCAUGGAAAAAGGUGAUCUUCCCAGUGUGGUUUUAGGGAGUGACACACACCACCUAAGCUCUUCUCUCAUUUGCCAGCACUGCCCUCUUAGCUCACCCUCUUCUUUCUUAUAUAAUAUCCCAGGUUCCACAAGGCUGCAGUGUGCUGCAAACACUCCCCCCUAUAGCAGCAGCCCAGUAAAGCUUCAUCCGAGCCUUUUCCUAGGGUAUGGAGUGGGUACUUCAGGCCUGAGCACAGAAAUGUUGCCUUUGUGCUUCCAAAUAUCCUGGUUUCAUCACCCAGAGCCAGGCACACAGGUAGUGACUAGAACUGAUGCUUCUGCCUCUUAAAUCAGUCUUGGUUUCAGUGGUCUUUCCCCUCGUCAAGUCAGCCAUAGACAGUGCAUGGGAAUUCACUUGUUACUCUGUCAUGUGGAAAGUUCUACACAGCCAAAUACUCAGGGCUCAGGUGCCAAAAAGCUUUGCUUUGAGACAAAAAAGUUUCCUACAUCCUAAGCCCACUUCCAGGCUCAGAGCUGGGAGCAAACUCUGGAUCUGUGUCAUUUGCUGCUGUAGAUUCAAUGUGAACCAUGGAUCUUCUUCCCCUUUCCAGACAUAGUUAGGACAAGGGCUAAUAACACAGACAACGUUCAGUGCCUAUCUGCUAUCUAAAUGUAUUUUUCUGCAUGUGCACUUUUGUUUACCGAUCACUGUGUGGUAUGAAUGUGAGCUGUCAGAACCUGGUGUGCACUGGAAGUCAAAGGGCAUCAGCUUCAGAGAGCAGGCAGGCUUUGCAAGAUGCAGUGCUAUAACAAGAGAUAAAUUCGAUGGGGAAUAAACCAGUUCACACUAACAGGAUUAUACACAAACCAGGGCAAACUCUGGGUACAGUUCAUAUCCCAAAGCUGAAGCCAGUCCUAAACUCCAGGAUGAGUAAAUCAAAGCCUGGAACUGAAAACCCAGAAUGAAAACAGGUUAUGGGAUAGCUCAAUCCCCUAAACUAUACACAAAUGCUUUUGCUCUCAUGGGUGUUCUCUUGUGGCAGUGUGUUCUGUGGAUACUCAUCUGGCAAAGUGCUGAUGAAGAUACCCAGAUAUCCCUAUCUGUUACAGCCAAACUUAGAGGAUGUGCUUAUAUUUACUGUAUAUUUUUAUAUUAUACCUAUUCCAAUGAAUAAAUGUCUGACAUUUUAGUGAAUACUCAUCAGUAAGAAUCUUAACAGAUAAAACCUUUUGUAUCUGUUAGGAAAUGGGCAAGUUAAAUCACUUUACAAGCUACAGCUAGUUACUGUAAUUGCUGUACUAACAGAACUUACUAGAUUUGUAUUAUGUCUUGUAAAUAGGUAUAACUUAAGUGGAAUCUCUGUAGCACCCAGUAACUCUACUGCUGAAAAGGCUGUAUUAGAGAUUCUUUGCUUUUAACUGUUUUUUCUAAUAGGGUUAGAAGUUUCAUCCUAAGAUGUCUAGCCCAGAUGUAAGCCUGAUUCACCUGGAUUUUGCAGGAAAAAACCCAUCAUGUUCCAUCUGCACUUUUCCCACUUGUUCUUCAUAUUCUGAUCAUGAGGCAGGCCCUGCCUAGGGCUGGAGAGUGGGUUCUCCUGCAACUGCCCUCUGUUUUUCCAUGCUGCUCUGAAAAUGGCAGUGCUGGGCAUCUCUGACCUUACACAGCAACUCCCAUCUUCAGUGUACAUCCUGCCAUCAUGCACUUUUCUUUUAAAGCUUCCUUUAAUCUUCCAUUUCAACUUCCAUCUAAUUCUGGCUGCACUAAGGCUGUGGGUUUGUGCCUGAAACCCCCCUGGGAAUGGGGCACUGGGGUGUGAGUCUGUGUUUUGGGCUGUGCCACCAGGUUACAUGUCUGUGACAGGAAGGAAGUGAGUCUGCAAGCAAGCAAGUGUGGAUGUCCAUGUGAAAAGCUGCUGCUGCAGCCCGUGGAAAGGCAGCACUUUGUCUUCUGCUUGUAAAGAGCUUUGAGAUUUGGCAAUAAAACCCCCUUUUAAAUACCA